ACACGACAUCUCUCUCCGCCACCCUCACCCACAACCGCCCAUUUCUACCUUUCUAUCACCGCAAUCUUUCACUUUACGUCGUUCUUUAUCUCACUUUACCCCUUUCGCCUUCGCUACCAUGUCGGAUCUCGACGAUGAGCUCUUCGCCCUUGCAGGAGGUGAUGAGGAGGCUGAGGAAGGCGAGGCCUCCUCCGUCGCCGCCUCCUCGCCCAAUUCCCUUGGUUCUGGUGCUAUGGACGAAUCCGACUCUGAACGCGAUGAGCCAGACGUGCGUGACAGUGCUGCUCCCUACCCCGUGGAUGGCAAGUACAUCAAUGAGGCCGACCGACGCCGCAUCGACAACCUACCUCAGCUGGAGCGCGAAAGGAUCCUUGGCGAACGUGCCGAAGAGGCCGCCAGGGCUAAGUUCACGCUGGAACUUGCUCGUAGGGCCGAGCAGAUGAGGGUAGACAACGCACAGAACGAGAAGCGACAGAAGCGGAAGGCUAGCUCCGUUGAGCCCGAGGAUAGUCACCGUAAGAGCAGUCGCCAGAAGGUAAAGACGAGUGACAAGCUGGAGGCAUACAAACGAGAGCGUGAGCAGCGUGGACAACAGCAGCGACAACGCAUGGAUGACCGGCGGAACGGCCACCGUCGACGAUCGAGCUCUGGGGACAGGUCGGGGUCUGAUCUCGAUGCUGAUGGCGAGAGCGAAGUGGAGUGGGAUGAGCGUGCUAGACAGGCUGCUGCCCGGGAGGAGCAGCCUGCUCAGAUGCAUCACUUCGAGUCGGUCCGUGUUGGCAGAGGAUUCUUCGCAAAGGUGUGCUUCUACCCGGGCUUCGAUGAGGCUAUGACUGGAUCAUUCGUACGAAUUGGGACCGGCCAAGAUUCCAUGCGACGGACAUUGUAUAAGAUGGCUCAGAUUAAGGGAUUCUCCACGGGCAAGCCGUACGUCUUCGAAGGCAAAAAUGGUCAGCGGAUAGCCACAGAUCAGUAUGUCGUUGCACAACACGGAUCGGUCAAGAAGGAAUACACAUUUCUCUUCCUCUCCAACCAGGCCUUCACAGAUGCCGAUCUUGACACGUACAAGCAGUCGCUGGUCGAAUCGAAUUCGAAAGUUCCGACGCAGGCCUUCCUCAAGCGAAAGUAUGAAGACAUCAAGAAUCUUGAGAACCGCACCUGGACCGACGCAGAUAUCGGCGAGAAGAUUGCCAAGCAAAAUAAAUACACCCACCUACUCUCCACUGCAUCAACCAGCGUUGCGACCCCUAAGGCUGACCACACUGCCCAGCGUCUUGCUGAAAUCAACCGUCAAAACCGUAAAGCCAACUCGGAACAAAUUCGAAAGGCACUUAUCGAGGAGCGACAUGCCGAACUACGGGCCCGCAAGGCUAGAGAAAAAGCCUUCCAAAAGCAGAAGCAAGAGGAACAAGAGAAAUCUAAGCUUCUCCAGGUUCCAGGCUCAAACAUCGAUGAUUUAUUUGAGGGAAGCGACAGGAGUCGUUCGGCUACGCCAGCUGUCGUAAGGGCUGGUACCCCAGCCAAGAGCACACAAGAGAAGAAAGGCGGUAUCCCGACAUUCAGGAAGCGGAAAAUGGACGAUGAUAUCAUCUCAUCAAUGGAUCUGGGUAUUGACAUCGAGAUCUGAGUUUCAACAUUGCAUAUGACGAUUACGAUUCGAGCAGAGAUAGUAUUACGUUCUGGAUGGCGCGGGACAAUUGACUUAAGUGGCUUGCAUAAGAACAUUUUUUGGAGAUUCAGUGUAAUAGGAACCCCAAAAAGUCGUUUCACAGGCGUUGCACCUUGUCUGUUAGCUCGCCUACACUCUGCAUGCCAUUGAUACCACGGAAUGGGGUAGAAUUGAUACGCCAGCCAUCUUGCUUGAAUCAGAGAGGGCAUCAACGUCACAGGGUGCUCAUUUCAGUCGCAAAUAAUAUCUUUGUUGAAGCACCAACCAGUCUUUUAGUCCAAUCCAUCCAUCUGUGAUAUCCUCCACCUAUUACAUAAACAUCUAA